CGUGAAGUAACGAGCAAUAGUGAAAGUAAUUCUAUAAAAAAUGCCUGAAGAAGGCGAUGUGGAAGUUGGAACAACUAGUUCUCCAACGGCUCCAACUGAGACGGUGAAUGCUGCUGUUUCAAACCCAACUAGCAGUAAUCCUUAUCCCGUUCUAAAAGUGGAAAAUGAAAACCCUGCGAUUAUUCCAUCAGCUGGUGCGGCUGAACUAGUGGAUAAGGAAACACCCGAGGAUGAUACCUUUGAUCCAAACCAUAUUGCACCGGUAUCAUUCCGGAAGCGACCGGUUUCGACUAUCUCGACAGGCGGCAAACCCCCACCGGUUAUUCAGCGUGCCGUUUCCUAUCAGCCAUCGGUCGGAGGCUUCUCUCAGAGGUCCCAUGGGUCAUCGGCAGCCACUGAUCACCUGAUACCUCCACCUUCGACACCGGAAGAAAAGUCCAAGUUUACCCGAAGGUACUUCGCCGUAGUGACUGCGAUCAGCUACACGUUGUUCCUAAUUGUUUUCGGUAUUAUCGCAUUCGUAACGGAUGCUGUUGAAGAUAAUGCGAGGUACCCGUUGGCGGAAGUCUUUGGGCUGUACAUGGUAUCGGUUGGAAUAGUGUACUUCGUAUUUCUGUACGUAGACAUUCGAAUGCACGUUAAGAAGACUCAUGCAGCUCUCGAAGAGCUAGAACGGAGGCAGCAAGCGUACGAAGAGAUGAUGAACAAAACUGCAACUCAGUUCAACAACGGACCAUUGGCACUGAAUCCUAAUGCUCCUCAGAAAAAUGUCCCCCACGAUUGGGAACUCCCCAAAAUGGCCCCGGUUCCUCACAACUAUUGUUUCGUCAGUGGACGCCAUGGAGAGUUCAUAUAUCUCAAACUGGGAGCCACCUGGUUCUGUUUCGGACUCCUCAUCCAUUCGGUGCUUCUCCUGUCCUACCAAGGAAUUCUCAUGAACAGUACCGAUGCCAAAUGGGCGGCCUGUGCUUCAAACACCACCAUUGCUCUCGAAGUACUUUUCCUAUUCUACUGUCUUUUCCUGGUGUUCUUCUUUUGGAAAUACUCGAACGUCGUGAUCAACCAUUACCGAGGGCUAGCUCGUUUCGGAAUCAUGCAUGCCAUCGGAACAGCCCUAGCUUUUUGGGUUUACACGAUCGUGCGUGAGACACUCGUGGCCAUACGCAUCAAACAAUCCUACAAAGAUGACAAAGUUGAUCCGGAAAACGCCGACCCACAACUCGGACUAGCGAUGAUGAUCUGUCCCGGACCCAAUGAGCUCAACGCAAUCCUGUUCACCUUCUCACCUUAUCUGUACCCAUUCGUGAUCGAGUUCAACAUUUUGAUCGUUGGCCUUCUGUACAUGAUCUACGCCAACAUCAAUCGCUGCCCGAAGAAACUUUCGGCCAAAGGACACGGAGGACACGAGCAUCAUCAUCACAGUCACCACGAAGACGAGGGAAGUGUUUGUUCCGAGCAUCAUCAGGAUGAGGAUCACGAGAUACAAGGAAAGUCGAAGAUGGUUGUGUACGGUGAUUGUCAUGCUUCCAGCCGGGGGCUUUUCCUUGGGAUGAUACUGAUUGUGGCGACUAUCGUGGUGAUCAUCUUGUUUCACAUUGCUGCUAGAGAUGAUGAGUAUCGGGACACCGGAAUCCUACUAGAUUCUAUCUUCGAGCUGUCGGUGUUGUCGAUCAUGACCCUCGCUGUCAUCAUUGCCUACUUCCAAACGGCCAAACUGGACAUCAACCCGCAUCCGAUUUCCCGCAUGGACGACGUUCUGCUAUUCAUCGCCAUCCCGGCAUUCUUCUCCGAGUCGCUGUUCAGUAUGAUCCCGGCCUUCGAGAACCAGUCCAUUUUGAAUGGGUUCAUCAUUUUCAUGCAGCUGCUUCAGAUCCUUAUUCAGACGCCCUGGAUCAUCGAUACUUUAAGGCGGUGUGCCAAUGCCCCGGAGCUGAGGAAAAAGAAACCGGGCAAGGAACUGGUCACCUUCUUGACCAUUGCCAACGUUUCUCUCUGGCUAUACUACACCUUCUCCGUAAAAACAGGUGAUUUCGGAGAUGAGAGAUACGACUUCUACGGAGAUGUGCUGUGGUCAAUCCUGAACCAUUUAUCCCUGCCGCUGAUUAUGUUCUACCGGUUUCACGCGUCCGUUUGUCUGGUGGAUAUCUGGAGACAUUCCUAUGAACCCGGGGAGUUUGCCCAUCAUUGAGGGAGAAGUUGGAAGCCAAAAAAAACAAAGAAAGCAAACAAAAAAUGGCAGCGCUAGUAGAAUUCCAAAGUUGAUAUUAGAGCUUCGAGUGCGCUUCGAGUGAUGGGCGCUUAGCCCAAACCGAAUCAAGUCGACAGAUAACAACACGAGUAGCUAGGAUCUAGAUAUGCAAAUCCGUGUAGUUGUUGACGCAUAGAUAACGAAACAGACAGAGUUGUCAUUGACGAAAUGUGGAGGCGCAAAAAUGAAGAAAGUAGAAAAAAUAUAUACCAAAGUGAUGCAGAAAUUUGGUGGCAGGGUUCUUUUUCCACUGCCAUGUUUUUAUUCAACUUCUGCUGAUAUAAACUUAGUAAUGUAUUGAGCGAAAUAUAUACACCUGUUGUAGUUAAGGUAGAAA